ACGGAAGAAAGGGGGCAAAGUGAAAAAUCUGCUGAAUUCGAUUUGGGUUUGUAGUUUGUACGUAUCUGAAUCUCAGGAGAAAUCUGGGAUAUUGGUAAAGUGAAAUUGAGAAUGUGGAGAUUGAGAUAGACAGAUCGAAGAGAAAUCAAGGCAGAUUCGAAUACGAAAUAGUAUGAAGGGUGGCGUUUCAUCGUCGUACGCCAUUCCGGUUCCGGCCAAGCGAAGAUGGAGAGGCCUCGUCAUUGCGGUGCUCGCCUUAGUCUUCCUCUCAAUGCUCCUCCCUCUCGUCUUCCUCCUCGGCCUCCACAACGGCUUCCACUCCACUUCCGGUUAUGGCACUGACCGCCGCAACUCAGCGCCGACUCGCAUUAAAAUAUUCGAUCAGCAUAAUACGACAUUUCAAUCCAAGGAAGACAGUUCAAAACACGUGGAUGCUAUUGUAAAAAGAUUUACUCCAACUCUUCCAAAGGGUUUUGGGAAUGCAUCUUUAAAGGCAACUGGAAAUGGCACAAAUGGAUAUCCCGUGCCAAUUGAUUUACCAAAACCAGCCAAAAAGACAAGUGGAUCUCUUGAUAGAGACAAAGUCCGUGACAAUACAAUUGCUGUGGACGAGAGUGAAAUGAUUUGUCAAUUGAAAUUCGGGAGUUACUGCUUGUGGCGCCGAGAACAGAGGGUGAAAAUGGAAGACAGUGUUGUGAAGACGAUGAAAGACCUACUUUUUGUUGCUCGCGCUUACUAUCCAAGUAUUGCAAAACUUCCAAAGUAUGAUAAAUUGUCUCAGGAAAUGAAGCAAAACAUUCAGGAUUUUGAACGUGUUCUUAGCGAAGCUACCACAGACAAAGAUCUCCCCCCUCAGAAUAAGCAGAAGAUAAGGAUGAUGGAGGCUACAAUUGCUAAAGCUAAGUCAUGCCCUGUGGACUGUAAUAAUGUUGAUAAAAAGUUUAGACAGCUGGUAGACUUGACAGAAGAUGAAGCUAAUUUUCACAUGAAGCAGAGUGCCUUUCUCUAUAAACUUGCAGUUCAAACAAUGCCAAAGAGUCUCCAUUGUUUAUCGAUGAGAUUAACGGUCGAGUAUUUCAGAUCUUUUGACAUUGAAGACCAACUGGUCGAGAAAUUUGUCAAUCCAGACUUGCACCACUACGUCAUCUUCUCCAAGAAUGUACUUGCAUCAUCUGUAGCUAUCAAUUCAACUGUAGCACAUGCACAAGUACAGCUUCCAUCUUCGGGAAGUGAGAAACUGGUUUUCCAUCUGCUGACAGACAAGGAAAACUUUUUUGCUAUGAAGUUAUGGUUUUUCAGAAAUAAGUACGCGGAUGCUGCUGUUCAGGUUCUGAACAUUGAGGACCUUAAGUUGUAUAAUUAUCACAAGGCGGCACCAUUGCAUCUGUCGUUGCCUGAAGACUUUCGUGUUUCAUUUCGUAGGGUUGAUAAACUAUCUUCUACUCAUUUUAGAACACAAUACAUAUCAAUGUUUUCGGAAGCAUUCUACUUUCUUCCUGAGAUAUUUCCAUCACUAGAAAAAGUUGUGGUCUUGAGUGAUGAUGUUAUUGUUCAGAGAGACUUGUCAGCCCUCUGGAACCUUGACAUGGGGGAGAAAGUGAAUGGUGCUGUGCAGUUGUGUGCAGUAAAGCUCUUUGACCUGAAAUCUCAUUUGCUAAGCCGUAAAUUUGAUGAAAAUUCUUGUGCCUGGACAUCUGGAGUAAAUAUUAUUGAUUUAUUGACAUGGAGGGUGCAGAAUCUUACUGGAAGAUAUCAGAGGUUGAUGGAUGAGCUGAAGGAAGAUGAGCAUUUAUCUGAAACUACUGGUCUUAGUGCUGGCCUACUCACCUUUGACGGUCUAGUGUAUGCUCUCGAGGAUAGUUGGAUCUUACCAGGUCUUGGGUAUAACUACGGAAUUGAUUUGGAAGACCUGAAAACAGCAGCAAUAUUGCAUUUUGACGGGAGCAUGAAGCCGUGGCUUGAUCUUGGCAUCCCCAAGUACAAAAGAUAUUGGAGGAAGUUCCUGGACGCACAGAAUCAGUUCUUGAGUGAUUGUAAUGUGAAUCCAUAGAAGUGGUAUUGCUGCUUGCUUAUGAAAACCAGAGGUGAAAAGACUUGAGAGUACAUAUAGCAAAACCAGUUUAAUGAGGUGCUGAAAAGCGGCAUCAAAUAUCAAAGAGCAUGCUUUUUCUGAUGAGUUGGGUCGCAAAUUUUUAAUUUCGGUGGCUCCAUGUUGAAGGUAAGAGGAGUCUAUAAAUUUUCUGAGUUGCUAAGUUGAAGAACAAUUAAUCAAGUUACUCAUGCCUAUCUAUUAGCGUGAGCAUAGAGUUAACGUCAGAGUCGAGCUGUGGUAACUCGGAGCGAGCGAUAUUGAGUUGUAUUUUUCACAUUGAAUUUCUUUCUUUCUUUGCUUGUGGAAGGAUUAGCAUUCAUGAAACCGGGAAGCCGGCUGAAAACAAGUACACGUAGUAUUAUAUUUGAAUUACCCUUUUGAGCUAA